CGAUGGUCCUGUCCCGCAGCCGCGCCAAGGCGGGGGGCGCCGCGGGACCCCCCCACUCCGAGGACGAGGCCAGCGAGGACGAGCACGCCCACGACAGCAUGAUCCGGGUGGGGGCCGACUACCAGGCGGUGAUUCCCGACUGCAAACCAGAGAGCCCCGCUCGCUACAGCAACAAGGAGCUCAAGGGGAUGCUGGUGUGGGCCCCCAACCACUGCGUGUCCGACGCCAAACUGGACAGGUACAUCGCCAUGGCCAAGGACAAGCACGGCUACAAUGCCCCCCAGGCCCUGGGCAUGCUGCUGUGGCACAAACACGACGUGGAGAAGUCCUUGGCCGACCUGGCCAACUUCACUCCCUUCCCGGACGAGUGGACGGUGGAGGACAAGGUUCUGUUCGAGCAGGCCUUCAGCUUCCACGGCAAGAGCUUCGCCCGCAUCCAGCAGAUGCUCCCAGACAAGCUCAUCCCCAGCCUGGUCAAGUACUAUUACUCCUGGAAGAAAACCCGGUCCCGCACCAGCGUCAUGGACCGCCAGGCCCGGCGCCUGCUGGGCCGCCGUGACCGCGACGACAGCAACGACGAGACCGACGAGCACCGACCCAGCCCCGAGGGGGACCCGGAGCCUGCGGACCCCAAAAAAGAGCGGGCCUAAUUAACGCCCCGCCAGGCGUGCCUGGCCAAGGCGGGGCCACGCAAGGAGCCGCAGUACCGGCACCACCCCCCGGCGCGGCAGCGGCGCCGCCCCCCCCGCGGGAUGCGCCUGAGCCGCGAGGACGUGGCCGAGGUGACGGCCAACCCCGACCUGGGCGCGCGCGCCCUGCGCCAGCUCGACUGCCAGCUGGUGGCCCUCAAACGGCAGGUGCAGCGCAUCAAGCAGAUCAACAGCGGCCUCAGGCAGGCGCUGGACGGGGGCCUGGAGGGGCUGCGGCCGCCUGAGGGCAACAGCAAGUUCAGCUCCCGCUGGACAACGGACGAGCAGCUGCUGGUGGUGCAGGCCCUGCGCCGCUACGGCCGCGAUUUCCCGGCGGUGGCGGCCGUGCUGGGGAACAAAACGGCGGCGCAGGUUCGGAGCUUCGUGCUGGGCCCGCGGCGCCGCCUGGGCCUCGAGCGGCUCCUGCAGGAGCGGCAGGGCCAGGGGGAGCCCCUGGGGGAGCACCACGAGCCGGAGGAGGAGGAGGAGGUGCAGAUCACGGGCGUGUCCCGCCCGGCCCCGCCCCCGCUGCCCGCCUCAGCCCCUCCCCCCGGUGCUGCUCCACCCCCUUCACGCCCACCGGCCCCGCCCCCGCUGCUGCGCCCAGCCCCGCCCCCAGCUCCGCCCCCCGCGCUCCCGCGGCCGCCGCCCCCCCUCCAGCCCGGCCGGGCCCCACCCCCGCUGCUCCGCCCUGGUCACGCCCCUGCCGCCAGGCCACGCCCCCCGGCUGCCGGCCACGCCCCACCCCGCUGA